AUGGAUGAAAAAUGCAUAGACGUCUCCAUAGAUACUUCUAUUCCAGUUAUCGAUGAAUGGAUUACAUCCUCAGACGGUGUCAAAAUAUAUACUAGAACUUGGAAGGUAGUAUCCGAUGAGCCUAUUGCUACAGUAGUAUUCCUUCAUGGUUUUGGUGAACAUAUUAAACGUUAUAAUCAUGUAUUCGAUAAAUUCGCAAGAGAAAAUAUCGAAGUUUAUGCUUAUGAUCAACGUGGUUUCGGUGAAACUGCUGUAAAAAAUAAAAAUCCUGGUAUGACUGGUGGUUGGAAAGUUGCUACAAAUGACAUUACUGAAGCUUUAAAAUGUCGACGAAGAGAUGGCAUUCCUCAAUUUCUGAUUGGUCAUAGCAUGGGUGGUGGUCUUGCAUUACACUAUGCCGCCGAAGGUCCUGAAAGGCACAAAAUAGCAGGUUAUAUUUCUACGUCGCCUUGGAUUCUAUUGUCACCCAAUGAUCCUCAAGCUAAAAAACGGGAUGUCAUGCUGUCCGCAGCUCCUAUCCUUGGCUGGUUUUUACCAAAUGUAACUACAAAUGCUGGCGUAAAUGCCAAAUACAUUUCUCAUGAUCCAGUUGAAGUUGAAAAAUACAAGGAAGAUCCUUUAGUUCAUAACAUUGUUUCUAUAAGUUCUUUUGUAGAUAUGGUUUCAGGUGGAAAAUUAAUUAUUAAUAAGGAAUAUACAGAUAUAACUUUCCCAAUUUAUAUUGCUCACGGUUCCGCAGAUCUGAUUACUGAUCCAAACGCUUCUAAAUCAGUCAUCGAGAAGAUAAAAUCUGAGGAUAAAACUUUCAUUGAAUGGGAGG